UGGUGGAGCUGUGCCUGAGCCACGGGCUGGGCCCGGUGGCCUUGGCCAACGAGCUGCUGGCCUUCAUCACCAGCAAAGACCUCGAGCCCCAGCUCACCCCGGAGGGCCUGGACGCCUUCGAGCACGAGGUGCUGGCCAAGCGCGGCCGCCGCGGCCGGGACGAGCGCCGGGGGCUCCUCCACGACAUCCACUCGCUGCAGGAGCUCCUCACCGAGGAGCAGGAGGACGAGCUGCUGGACGCCUACGCCACCCCAUCCAAGGGCUCCCAGAAACGCAGCAAUUCCACACCGGAGACUCCCCGGCCCAAGCGGGCGCCGUCAUCCCGCAGCCCCUACGGGCUCUUCUCCCCCGGCAGCUUCUCCCCGAGCAUCACCCCCUCCCAGAAAUACUCGUCCCGUGGGGGCCGGGGCGAGGUCGUGGCCUCGUUUGGCUCCGUCCAGGGCCUGGCCUGGCGCGGCGGCAGCGGCUGCACCGUCAAACUCUUCGGGGGCCCCGAGCAGAACCUCACCAAACCCUACAAAUUCAUGUUCCAGAAGGCGCUGGACGUCCGGGAAG